AUGGCAUGUCAGGCAUUUAGUGCCGACUCCUUCACCACACUGGCAGGAGAUUCAGCCCUGCCCCUCCUCAUGCAUCAUGCCUCCGCCAGUGACUGUCUGCCCGCCACCUCCCACCCAACACCCAACGUGGUGUCGGCAGUGCCCUCUGGCCUGUCCCUGGUUCAGUCAUCCAAGCGCUCCCACAUGCACCUCUCCGCCUCGGCUCUCGGAAACAGCCUCAGCAAUGGAUCCCCGGGCCUGCAUUACCCUGUCACCCCGUGUCACUAUGGCAACCAACAAGCCACCUAUGGCAUGAUGGCAGGUUCCCUAGCUCCUUGCCUGUACAAGUUUCCAGACCACAGCCUCAGUGGCGGCUCGUGCACCAUAAGCCAUGGCUUCUCCUCGCUGCCGCCAGCCCUCCUCUCCGAUGAGGCCCCCGGGGGGCCUGCCCUCGGGGAGAUGAAAGCAGACCCACACAGGAGGAGCAGCAGGGCCCAGGAAGACCUCCCAACUAUGGACACCCCCCAAAUACGAGAACUGGAGAAGUUUGCCAAUGACUUUAAACUACGCAGAAUCAAACUGGGUUACACCCAGACCAACGUGGGUGAGGCGCUAGCAGCUGUGCACGGCUCGGAGUUCAGCCAGACGACCAUCUGCCGCUUUGAGAACCUGCAGCUCAGCUUCAAGAACGCCUGCAAGCUGAAGGCCAUCCUGGCUAAAUGGGUUGAAGAAGCCGAGCAGGCCGGCGCCUUGUACAAUGAGAAAAUGGGCAUGAAUGAGCGCAAGAGGAAGAGAAGAACUACCAUCAGUUUGGGAGCGAAGGAGGCUCUGGAGCGCAGCUUCGCGGAGAAAAGUAAGCCGACCUCCCAGGAAAUCGUCCGCAUGGCUGAGGGCCUCCACCUGGAGAAGGAGGUGGUCCGCGUCUGGUUCUGUAACCGGCGCCAGCGGGAGAAGCGGGUCAAAACCAGCCUCCACCUCAGCUCCUACCUGUCCAAAGAGAGCCCCAGCUGUAGGUAG